AUGCGCUUCGCCAUCUUCAUCUUCAUUUCGACCUCUCUUGCGCUCCUCAUCCCGAGAUGCGACGAAGGGUAUGCGGGCUCGAAUAACUUUGAUACUUCUCCUGUCGCUACUGCUACACAAACUGUCUCCGAAUCAAGAUACCCUUAUACCAAGAAGAUCAAGACUACUCCUACCAAGACUCCUUCGACUACACCUUUGGCAACUCGUGCUGUGACAACUGAUAUCGAUGAGUCCGAAACCGGCGAGGUUUCAACAAGCAGCUGCACCCCUAGCUCUAUCUGUGUGGACAUGAUCAACUCUUGCGGCCACCGUUAUGGAGGAUGCUAUGAUCAAAACUUCUGCGAUGGCAACACAAGCCCAUACCCUGUCCCUCCUGCUUGUCCAACCAUGACGACGGUCAAGCGGGCAGCUGCAGCACCCCCAGCCAUCACACCAGCUUGA